UACAUACGCGUGUUAUUUUGUCAACCACUUCGUUCGUUUAAUGUGAGUGGGCACGCAUGCUAAUCGCAGAAGGAAUCCUUUUCGCGCUCGCAAAAACGCACAUUCGCAGGUACAUGUGAAUUAGCAGCGAAGGCGAAGGCCUAGUGUGCCAUCCGCAGAGAACGCGCAAGCUUGUGUACAGACGUGCUGACUGCAGACUUGCGGAUUUGCCGACUUCCUGACUAACGUACUGACUACCCCCCCGCGACAAACAUGGUGGUGAAAAGCGUGCUGCAGAGCCAUAAGCUGCUGGACGCAAAGAACAGGGUGAUAAUCACGGGCAAGAACUACAUAUGCUUUCAAAGGAGCGCGCUUCGAGACCCUGUGGUGAAGAGGGAGACGCCGAAAUUUGAGCAGAAGCCUUUGGGGUCGUACCCAGUGCCCCCCGAAGCUGAGAUGAUGUGGAGAAAUAGACAUACGGCCUAUGGUGGGUACAUUCAACAGACCGUCUCUCCCUUCCAACAGAAAAUUAUGUACCCUUUUUGGCACAUGGCCUUGGCGAGAUGGUGGGCCAAAUUUUCAUCCUACGUGUGGUGGUGGAUAUGGCCCUUCGCAAUAACGAACUUAAUUUUGUGGAAAAUGUUUCGCGACGCGAAGAAGUAUGUUCAGCAGAAGCAUUGGUACUGACGUGUAGGAGGCACCUUUGCACGGGGUGCCCUGUUGAGCAGCGUCCCCCAAGUAGCUGU